AUGGCUGUCUCUAGACCUCAGGGACAGCGAUGCCACGCACAAUUAAAUCGACAGCGUUCGCUGCUGGUGGUUUCUUUGUCAGAGUAUCGGUCGUCGAAGCGCAAGACACCUGUAAGCACGCCUCAGCAGUGCAAGGGACAAAGAGGCAGCCCUGCCACUGCUUCGCUUGCUGCUGCCGAGCUUACAGCGUCAAUCCGGGCUUGCAGCAGCCCUGCUCAGCUCCUGAACCUUUAUCAGCUCCACGGCUCUGACUUCAACGCAUUCCAGGCGCACACGGCACUCAACCGCUUGGUAGAUGUGACCUCGUUUCCCCCUUCCGGAGACCUUGACCCUCAACUGAACGGGGUUUCCCUGGAAGACGGCCAGAGGACGCAGGAGCAACCCGGCGAGCUUCAAUUCACACCUCAGUUAACGGGCAGGCUUCGUGUCCUUCAGGGCCAGGAGGUCGCGCAGCCGCCUCUGCACGGCGACCAGGACGAGGACGCUGAACGUCGGGAAAGCAACUACGAGGCCUCCACGUCAGAGUCGGCACCGGACUCCCCUCCGCAAGGCGUUCGGUCCCAGCAAAAGCUGCUAUUACCGCAAAAAAGCAGUCAGCGCAGGCCGCAGGUUGCCGCAGGACAGCAGCUGCAGCUGCAACAAGAAGAGCAGCAAGAGCUUGGUAGCGCGAUGCAAGUGCAGCAAUCAUUUGGUGUCAGCAAGAGUGGUAACCAGGCAGUUCAGCAACAGCAAGACCAGCAGCCGCUGCCGCCCCGCCGCCUCGUAGUGUCCAUGGUUUCGGGCUUGGUGGCGAUCCUGUCGCACGCCUGCCACAAAUUAGACGGACGGGAUGUGGCGGAGGCGGCACGCGCCCUGUCAAGGCUACGGUACCAGGACGCAUCAAUGCUGUGGCGGCUGGAGCAGCGCUCACUGAAACUCAUGAAGGCGGGCCAUCGGACGCGAGCACCUAAGGCAGUGGCUAGGAAAGAGGCUUCGGGAACUCGACAGCGUGGCAGCAGUAGCAGCAACAGCCUUCCUGCACGGUUAGAUUCUACAGGGACAGCAGGGACAGCAGUGAAAGCAGGGACAGGUGCGCAUAAGCUGAAGCAAUCGCAGCAGCAAUUGGAUCGCCAAUCGGAUACGCAACAGCAACAACAGGACGCACAGGCCGGUAUGGAAGCUGAUGGCCUCUACACUUUAAUUGCGGCCUUCGGCGCCAUGGGUCAUCGUCCGUCAGCAGCCUGGCGUGCCGCUGUCGUGCAAGCCACUGAACCGCACCUAACCACUUUUGCGGCCUCGCCUCGCGGCCGGCUGCCCCUGCUCAUCUCAUAUCUAGGCGCUUUCGGCGCGACACCGCCGCUGCGGGCGCUUGCAGCUGGGCUGGCAGCUAUGAAGCACAUCCCCGGGGGCGCCUGGAUGGCAGAAUAUCUGGCAGCUAGCGAGCGGCAGCUGGCCGACUAUUCAGCGUGGGAGCUUGUCUCGACGGUGGCGUCUCUGGCGAGAUUGCGUUGCAGUCCGGGGGAGCUCUGGCUGGAGAGGUUUUACUCCUGCGCGGCGGCUCACGUGGGCACGACGGGGGGUUUGACCGGGCGCUUGCUGCUGCCGCUGUCAACAUUGUUGCUGGUGCAGGCCGCCGUCCUUCUGUCCUCGUUAUCCCAUCUCCAAUGCAAGCCCGCGGGCGAGUGGCUCACACUGCUGCUCCUGGGUACGCGGCGCAGCCUUGGGGAGGCCACUGCAGAAGAGCUCACUGACGUUCUGGACACGCUUGCUCGUCUGCGCUUCCGACCCCCAGAGCUCUGGAUGCAACAGUACUUUACUGCCUCCUUCCAGCGCCUGCCGUUUCAAACUCCGGAGCAGUGCUGCACGAUGGCUGUGGCGUUGUCAAAGCUGGGCCGCAGGCCGCAGGCCUUGUGGCUGGGGGAGCUGGCACGACACAUGGGCAGCAAGCUGGCGCUGAUGCCGGCGGGGCAGCAGAGCUUAGCGCUGGCGGCUCUUGUGGAGCUAGGGUACGUGCCGUCAUCGGCGUGGCUGGAAGCGUACGAGAAGCAGUCGAACGCGAAGUUGGCAGAGAACAGCGCGGAGGAGCUGUGCCGGGCGCUGGAGGCGCUGGUGAAGGUGGGCUUCCGGCCGCAGGCAUCCUGGCUUUACGCGUUCAUCAUGGCCGCGUACUCCAAGCUGGACUCGUUUGGCUCUGCUCAGCUGGCCCUGAUCUUCGACCGCCUGCCCGAACUAACCCCGCACGGCUCCUGGCUCGAUGAGAUCAUCCAAAUCUGCGCUGCAGAGGCCUCUAUGCGGGCGAUACAGCCCCAGACAGCCCAGCAGGUGCAGCAGCUGGAGCUAGCGGUGGCCACUCCUGAGCUGGCGCCGCAUCAUCAGCAGCCGGUGCAGGGGGCACCGCAGCGGGUGCUGACUGCGGACCAGCAACCAGCUGUCGCAGGUGAAGCUGUCGGUGCCGCCGGUGUGGAUAUAGCCGUUACCGCGACGCCGGCUUUGAGCACGGCGCAGCCAGUGCCUGUGCCUGAGGCUGAGGUCAUUGCUUCAGUUGAAGUAGCCGCAGAGCUUCCGAGCUUGGAGACCGCGGUUUCGGAGCCGGCGGGAAUAGGCUUGUUUGCGGCGGGUGCGGUGGAUGUGAGUGCAAUUACCAGUGGAAUUACAACAGCAACUGGCAGCAGUGGCAACAGCUACUCAGCGGCCGCGGCAAGUGGCAGCGGGCUGUUCGUUCAGGAUGUGAAAGGCUGGGACGCCCUCGAGCGGCUGGCGGCCGCGGAUAUUGACAGUGCGCCGGCGGCGCCCCAUGGCACCAUAGCCAUAUCUCCAGAUCUAAUUCCUGCUGUGGGCGGUGUGCUGUCGGCGGGGGCGGCUUGCGGUUCGCUGCUGAACGGGGCCGGGGCGGGCGUGGGCAUGAGCUUGAGUAUUCUGGGCGAUGGCGGGGGGAUGAACACAGUCGCGGAUCUGGGCGCUGCGAACGGUGUCGGCAAUGGCGCCGAGGCUGGCCCACUCCAGCGGUUGCAGGAGGUGGAACGAGUGCUUGUGGAGCCUGGCGCGGCGGCAUCAGUAGCAUUAACGGUAGCAGGUGCCACCAGCUGCAAUUCACAAAGCAGAAGUUACGGCAACACGAGUAUUAGCAAUGGCAGCAGAAACCCCAGUAGGAGUUCCAGCGGAAAUGGCAACGGCUCGCGAGUCACGAGUCGUGGCCGGGGACGCGGGGACGGUCCUGGCGGCGGCGAUGAUGGCGGGGCUCCUGGGGGCGAAGGGGGUGGCCGGUGGACCGACGAGCUAGCCGCAGAUAUGGAGGACCCAAGCCCAGUAGGCAGCGGCGCUGCAGCCGGCAGCGGGAGGGCGCCGGAUGCGGGCAACGAUGGACGGGUGCAGUACCUUGACAGUGCCUCUCUAUCUCGCCUCAUGGGCGCUCCGGACGGUCCUCCGGGCCCUGACUUCAGCAAUUGCCAGAAACGCGCUAGGGAAAGCCGCGCAGUACGAGGCGGCGGCGGUGGCGGCCCCUUCCAGCUGGGCCGCAUCUGGACGAACGAGGGUGCGGGAGGCGGUGCCGCGGCGGGUCCCAUCACAGGACCAAUUCCAUCACCGUCGGGUUGA